CUGCCGCUGCUGCUGCCGCUGCCAGGAGUGUGGUGCUUUAGUGAACUGUUUUUUGUGAAAGAGCCUCAGGACGUUACUGUGUCGAGGAAGGAUCCGGUGGUUUUAGACUGCCAAGCCCGUGGUGAAGCUCCUAUAACUAUUACAUGGCUGAAAAAUGGAGGCAAAGUGUCUGAAAAUGAGCGGAUCUACACUUUAUCCAAUGGCUCCUUGUAUAUUAGUGAGGUGGAAGGAAAGAAGGGAGAACUGUCUGAUGAAGGAUUUUACCAGUGCUUAGCUCUGAACAAAUAUGGGGCCAUUCUCAGUCAAAAAAGUCACCUCACACUAGCAACUAUUUCUGCAUUUGAAGUCCAGCCACUUUCAGCUGAAGUCCAAGAAGGUGGAGUAGCUCGAUUUGCCUGUAAAAUAACAGCAAACCCUCCUGCCACUGUGACAUGGGAAGUGAACAGAACAACUUUACCCCUGGUCAUGGACAGGAUAACUGCUCUGCCUACAGGAGUGCUGCAGAUCUAUGGUGUUGAGCAGAAGGAUGCUGGGAGUUACAGAUGUGUUGCCACAACUGCAGCCAACAGACGUAAAAGCACCGAGGCAGUGCUGAGUGUUAUUCCAGCCUCAGACUUGAAGCCUUUUCACAAGCCAUCUAUAAUAGCUGGUCCUCAAAACAUUACAGCAUCUCUUCAUCAAACUGUCAUACUGGAGUGUGUAGCCACAGGGAAUCCAAAGCCAAUCAUCUCAUGGAGCCGGUUAGACCACAAGUCCAUUGAUGUGUUCAACACCCGAGUGCUUGGGAAUGGGAACCUGAUGAUCUCUGACGUGCGGGCGCAGCACGCCGGGGUCUACGUCUGCCGCGCCACCGUUCCCGGCACGCGCAACUUCACCGUGGCCACGGCAGCUCUCACCGUGCUGGCUCCACCUUCCUUUGUGGAAUGGCCAGAAAGCUUAACAAGGCCUAGAGCUGGUACUGCUCGUUUUGCUUGCCAAGCAGAAGGAAAUCCUGCCCCCAAAAUUUCAUGGUUAAAAAAUGGAAGGAGAAUACACUCCAAUGGUAGAAUAAAAAUGUACAACAGUAAAUUGGUGAUCAACCAGAUCAUUCCUGAGGACGAUGCCAUUUAUCAGUGCAUGGCUGAGAACAGCCAGGGCUCCAUUCUCUCCAGGGCCAGGCUCACUGUGGUCAUGUCAGAGGACAGACCCAGUGCCCCCUACAAUGUCCACGCUGAGACCAUGUCCAGCUCAGCAAUCCUGCUGGCCUGGGAGAGGCCACUCUACAAUUCAGACAAAGUGAUUGCCUACUCUGUGCACUACAUGAAAGCAGAAGGUUUAAAUAAUGAAGAGUACCAAGUGGUCAUUGGAAAUGAUACAACCCAUUACAUUAUUGAUGACUUGGAGCCAGCCAGCAACUACACCUUCUAUAUUGUAGCUUACAUGCCUUUGGGUGCCAGUCAGAUGUCAGAUCAUGUCACUCAGCACACCCUUGAAGAUGUUCCCUUGAGAGCUCCUGAGAUCAGCCUGACGAGCAGGAGCCCCACGGACAUCCUCAUCUCGUGGCUGCCCAUCCCCGCGCGGUUCCGGCGGGGCCGGGUGGUGCUGUACCGCCUGUCCUUCCGCCUCAGCACCGACACCAAGGUGCAGGUGCUGGAGCUGCCGGGCUCUGCAGGGGAGCACCUGCUGGAGGGGCUGCGGCCCGACAGCGUCUACCUGGUUCGGAUCACGGCUGCCACCCGCGUGGGCUGGGGAGAGGCGUCGCUCUGGACCUCGCACCGAACCCCCAAAGCCACCAGCGUCAAAGCACCAAAGUCUCCCGAGCUGCGUUUGGAGCCCAUGAACUGCACAACCAUUGCAGUGCAGUGGCAGCAGGACUCUGAGGACACUGCAGCUGUCCAGGGCUACAAACUGUACUACAAGGAGGAGGGGCAGCAGGAGAAUGGACCAAUUCUGUUGGAUGCCAGUGACCUGGAAUAUACUGUCAGUGGUUUGGAUCCUAGGAGAAAGUAUCAUGUAAGGCUGCUGGCAUAUAACAGUAUGGAAGAAGGUUAUCAGGCUGACCAAACAGUCAGCACUCCAGGAUGUGUCUCCGUCCGUGACCGCAUGGUGCCGCCCCCGCCGCCCCCUCACCACCUGUAUGCCAAGGCCAACACCUCCUCCUCCAUCUACCUGCACUGGGGCAAGCCUGCCUUCACCUCGGGCCAGCUCAUCAACUACACCGUGCGCUGCAACCCGGUGGGGCUGCAGAACGCCUCGCUGGUGCUCUACCUGCCCACGUCAGAGACUCACAUGUUGGUUCAAGGCCUUGAGCCAAAAACCAUGUAUGAGUUUGCAGUUCGAUUGCACGUGGACCAGCUCUCCAGUCCCUGGAGCCCUGUCGUGUACCACACCACCCUCCCUGAAGCACCAUCUGGCCCUCCAGUAGGAGUGAAGGUGACUUUGAUAGAGGAUAAUACUGCUUUGGUUUCCUGGAAGCCACCUGAUGGUCCUGAGGCUGUUGUCACACGGUACACUAUCCUCUAUGCAUCCAGGAAGUCUUGGAUUGCUGGGGAAUGGCAAGUGUUGCACAGAGAAGGAGCAAUGACCAUGGCUUUGCUGGAAAACCUUGCAGCAGGAAACAUCUACUUGGUUAAAAUAGCAGCCUCCAAUGAAGUGGGAGAAGGACCCUUCUCAAAUGCAGUGGAAUUUGCUGUCCUGCCAAAGGAGACACCAGAGUCUAACCAGAGACCCAAACGCUUGGAUUCUGGAGAUUCCACAGCUUACUCUGACUAUUACCAUCUGGAUCAGAAGUCAAUGACUGGCAUUGUUGUUGGGGUUUGCAUAGCCUUGACCUGCAUCCUUAUCUGCAUCCUGAUCCUAAUUUAUCGCAGCAAAGCCAGGAAAGCAUCUGCUCCUAAGCCUGUGCAGCAAAGCACUGACCAGCUGUCACAUACCAGCAUCUCAUUAGCCAGUCCUAAUGAGGUGGAGAAGAAUAUUGAAGGAAUUGCAGAGAAUGAAGAAUCCUUAUUGCCAAUGAUAGUGGGAAACAGCUUCAUUGAUGCUAAGGGAGGAUCUGAUCUGAUUAUUAACAGCUAUGGGCCUGUCACAAAGACUAAUAGCAAGAAAAGGUGGCUGUUCUUCCAAGAUGCUAAGAAGGCGAAAAAUGAGGAGCCGCAGCGGAGGCUGGUGUGUCGGUACCAGCCGGGCCCCCCGGUGCUGCUGGGCCAGGACAGCUCCUCUGGCUGCCCCCAGGAUACCCAGGAUACCCAGGGCUCCCAGGACACCGAGCACUCGGCCAACAGCGAGGGCAGCCACGAGACCGGCGACUCCGGCCGCUUCUCGCACGAGUCCAGCGAUGAGCUGCAGCUGUGCCCCGGCGCCCCGGGCAGCAGGGAGUGUCCCCCUGCCAGCAGGGAGUGUUCCCUGGGCAGCAGGGAGUGUCCCCCGGGCAGCAGGGAGUGUCCCCCUGCCAGCAGGGAGUGUCCCCUGGGCAGCAGGGAGUGUCCCCCGGGCAGCAGGGACUUGACCCUGCCCACCCUCCAUGUGUCUGUUCGAAGGACAAUGAACAGGGAGCCAAAGUUCACGCUGGAGAGCCUGGCUAACCUGGCGGGUGAUCCGCGCUUCUGUUGA